ACGCGAGUCACCGUCAUGAAGGGAAAGUACGACCACUGUGCUGCAGAUGUUUCCACCGAACGAAGCAAUGAACAUUUUCACGGAUAUCAGGGGACAUGAUCGUCUCUCACUUCUUUACCGCCCGUUCACUAUCGAAGAAGAAGAAGUGACCUUCUCUGAGGAGGAAGAUGUCAGCGCUGAAAAAGACCAGAAGUUUCCACAUUGGUCCCCGUCUCGAAAGUUCAAUGAAGGCAGACGCGUCCCUCCAGCCAGGAACAUGAAGGGCUUAUCGGGCAGCCGCUCCCAGCACCAAAUCCCUUUACCCUACGGCUCGGACUAUGACCCCCACAUUCACGACAUCCAUGCUCACCAUGGCUCUGAGUCCCGCCACUCGUCCUACCUUCUCAGCCCCACAGAGAGCUGCCCCAUGGACUUCCACCACCGCUACUCCCCCCGAAGCUCCAUCCAUUCUGACUGCAUGAUGAUGUCCCCUGUCAUGAUGCCCCCAGUAGCUGUGUCGGACCACAUCUCCAGCAGCACCUUCCCAAGAAUGCACUACAGCUCUCAGUAUUAUGACUCAGCCACACGGGACGACUGCGCUGCCAUCACAGCCUCUGCCACCUCCCCAGCUGUUGCUGCUGCCGCAGCUGCCGCCGCCGCCUCCUCCCAUCUCUCUGGCACCAAGAGCAAUCGCCUUCCUGCUAACCUACUAGACCAGUUUGAGAAACAACUGCCACUUCACCGCGAUGGCUUCCACACGUUACAGUACCAGCGCACUUCUACCACCACUGAGCAACGCAGCGAGAGUCCUGGCCGCAUCAGACACCUUGUUCAUUCUGUCCAGAAGCUCUUCACCAAGUCGCACUCCCUGGAGGGAUCAUCCAAAAUGAACGGCACAAAAGGUGAUAUGGUAGGGGGUGGAGGAGGAGCAGGGGGUUAUCACCAUCAUGGCCACCACUCCGUCAAACAUGGUAGCAAGAGGAGCAAGAGCAAAGAACGGAAGCAUCGCUCAGGUGGCUGGUGGAGCUCAGACGACAACCUUGAUAGUGACAGCACCUACCGCACACCCAGUGUCAUGUCCCGGCACCAUGGGGAACAUGUCAGCCACUGCUACCCUGAUUCCAUCCACAGCCACCACUUUGGAGACCUGUCACUCAAGACCUCUAAGAGUAACAACGAUGUCAAGUGCUCGGCCUGCGAGAGCAUGGCCAUGGCACCCGAGGGCAAAUUCAUGAAGAGGAGCUCAUGGUCGACACUGACAGUCAGCCAAGCAAAGGAGGCCUAUAGGAAGUCAUCGCUUAAUCUAGAGAAACCCAUGAUGCAUCCCGACCUCAAGCCUUCAUUGAGAACAUGUCACUACCUGCAGGUUCCCCAGGAUGAGUGGAGUGGAUAUCCAGGUGAGAAGGACGAUGAGAUACCUUGUCGGCGGAUGCGUAGCAGUAGCUAUGUCAAAGCAAUGGGAGAGGUGGAUGAUGAAAGUGGUGACUCUGAGAGCAGCCCUAAGAUGUCCCCACAGAAGUCCAUACGACCCGAUGCUCUUGUCCUCAAAUCAGCCAUGCAGAGACCCCAUUUAGACUCCCAAAGCCAGGGCUACCACUUGCAAACCAGAGAAAUGCGGCCCCACCCAAGUGUCACGCUGGACCCUGCCACCGUUCAUCCCCCGCCCUUUCGGUCUCGCAACCAGAGCUACAUGCGCGCCGUCAGCACCCUCAGUCAGCUCAGUCAGGCUAGCUGCGUCAGCCAGGUGAGUGAGACUGAGAUCAAUGGCCAGUUUGAGUCAGUUUGCGAGUCCGUUUUUAGUGAACUAGAAUCCCAGGCCAUGGAGGCUUUGGACCUGCCUGGUUCGUUCCGCACUCGAAGCCACAGUUACCUCCGUGCUAUUCAGGCUGGUUAUUCCCAAGAUGACGACUGCUUGCCUUCAAUGACAUCCUCCACUGUCACUUCAACUCUCAGAUCCACAACAGGCAUCCGUAGCUUAGCUGGGGGGCGUAGAGAGUACGGUAGGUCUGGGAUUCAGUUUCGUCUCCCUACUUCAUGCAGUGUGGACCGCGCUCAGCCACCUCCAGCGGUUUCAUUUCCUACCAGUUACAAGAAGACUCCACCUCCUGUGCCCCCGCGCACCACCACCAAGCCUCUUAUCUCUGUGACAGCCCAGAGCAGCACAGAAUCCACACAAGAUGCCUACCAUGAGGGCAGGCAUCCACGGGGCGGUCUGUGGACCACGGAUAGCCUCGGCCGUCCCAUCUACAGCUCCAUGGACAGCCUGGACAGCACCAAGGCGGUCACCAUGGCCAUGGAGUCAGCAGCAGGCAAGAGGCAUGCGUCUUUGGGCAGCCACACCUCUGUCCAGACGUGUGACAAAGCAGUGCUGGUGUCUAAGGCCGAGGAGUACCUCAAAACCCCAAGAUCCUCUAUUGGUAUACAGGUGGAAACUGUGACGGACUCUGAGACUGAAAGUAAAGGCAUUCCUCAGUUCCAUUCUAUAGGGAUCCAGGUGGAGGAUCAUAAAAGGCAUGGGAGGUUCAAGCGCUCAAACAGCGUGACCACGGCGGUACAAGCAGACAUGGAGCUGGAGGGCUUCCCCUCCAUGGAGGACAAGGGUCUGCAGUUUGGCGGCGGCUUCGGUCGCCACUCUGAGCCCAGCACGCCCACGCAGUAUGGUGCCAUCCGCACGGUGCGCACGCAGGGCCUGUUCAGUUACAGGGAGGACUACCGGCCUUCUAGUGGGCCCCCAAGCCCUCAGCCCGAUUCCUGGCUGGUCCAACCCAGUCUGGACAGCACGGAAACAGGCCGAGUGUCACCCCUCCGCAGGGAUGGCAGCUGGUUCAUGCAGCUCCUUCACAAUGAAACAAAGCGGCUGGAAGGGUGGUGCAAAGAGAUGGAGAGAGAGGCAGAGGAGCAUGACCUGACAGAGGAGAGUGAGUGUCCUGAGGGAAACUACAUUCAUGUCAAAGCAGUCCUAGGAAAAAUCCGGAGUGCAGUUGGAAGUGCUCAGCUACUUAUGUCUCAAAAGUUUCAGCAGUUUUACUGGCUGUGUCAGCAGAAUCUGGACCCCAGUGCCAUGCCCAGACCCACAUCUCAGGACCUGGCUGGAUUCUGGGACCUCUUGCAGCUUUCCAUCGAUGACGUCACUGCCAAGUUUGAUGAGCUGCAGCUGAUCAAGGGCAACCAGUGGCAGCUGGUGGGGAGCCCAGAGAAGAAGGAGCGGAAGUGGCCCCCACCGUUGCCAAAGCGGCCGAGCAAGGGGCGUGGUGGCAUUAUGCGAGACCGCUCUCUGGACCUUCAGGACCGCCAGCGACAGGAAGCCCGCAGACGCCUCAUGGCAGCCAAACGAGCAGCUUCUUUCAGACAGAACUCAGCCACAGAGAGGGCAGACAGCAUCGAGAUCUACAUCCCCGAAGCCCAGACGCGACUUUGAGGUCCAAGGAUUCACCCUCAUCCUCCCCUUGUCCACCUCCACCUCCACCUCCACCCAACACCAGCUCGUGAUGUCACAUCCAGCCUCCUCUUGCUGUCCGUCGACUCUCACAGCAAUCACCUUUCUCUGGGUCGUUCCUGCUGAAGCUACACUAGGCAAGAUUUUUAAUAACAAUCCUAUUGAGUCAGCUGAAAUGAAAAUGUGGCAGUGCCAGAUGAAAGAAGAAGCUCCAAUUUCCUUGAGUGAGUAGUCAAAUGAGUCAGGUGUGGAUGAUCUUUUUUCCAACAGGAUUAAUACAUUAAACAUCAAGAAAACAGAGAAAACUGGACACACCAGCAUUAGAUCCCUCUCUUGACAAUUAGCUAUUCUUGGGUUAAAACUGAACACAGGCUGACAACAAACGUGAAGUUGCCUAGUGUAGCUUUAAAACCAUUAAGGAUUCUCCGCCUUACUGCAGGUUCUGCACCAAGAGAACGAGCUGCUAUACGCCGAAUUAAACAUUUCACCAGGUUUUUAUUUGAGCAACACUUUCUAAAGUUAAAGAUUGAUUUGGCCAUCACCAUUACUUGUAAUCUGACACUCUUCUUUCAUUGCCCCGCUGCUAGAAAAGGACGAUGCUAAACUUACCAGAUUUAAAGGCAAACAUAAAGUGCAACUUUUCUAGAGUUUCUCACCAGCAACAAUGGUCCAGGGCUGUCGCACCAUGUGUGAAGAAACAGCAGCAGAAGAAACUCUUAGCAAGUUGAUAACUUUAAAACAUAUGGAUUAUUGCCUUACUGCAAAAAUAAAAAUAUUAUUCUUUCUACUUGG